AUGGCCGGUCAAAAGGUCAUCGAUGGGCCAAAAAACUGGCACCCGGCACCGCCUGGCGGGUGCGAGGCGGGUGCGGGCAGUACCCCCCAAGCGGUACUGGUACCUAGAAAAGGGUACCGACGGACAAUCUCUAAAAAAACCGAUGUUUCACAGGCUCCAACGCGCAAGAAGGGCAGACUCUCCGAUCCAUCUGCCGACUACCAUUGCAAAUCUGAAUCGCAGGAUCUGGAUAUGCAAGCUCAAAACGCUAGGCAUGAAUUCAAUCUCGGGAGGUUCAAAGUCGCACUCAAAGCUUUUCGUUGUAUCUACCAGACCAUUUGCCACAAUUCUUCUCACGAUUCACCUCGAAGACAUUCCUUCUUCCUUCACAUCCGUUUGGAUGUAUCUCAAUGUCAUUUAGCCCUACUUCAAGGUCCCGAAGCCCUCAAAGUUCUCUCGCCAUGUUAUCAAUGGGGCCAUCAAACGAGUAUUUCUUGGUCAAAUCCUUUGUGGAGUGAGGUCUCAUCUUUGAUUGCAUCAUCCCAAAUGCUUAUUCGACAAGAGGAACAAAUCAAAACUAUGCUCGAAAAUCAACAAUGGAAGGAGGUGAACGAGGGUAUAUCUGAAGUAGUGUCAGCCACAGAGUACAUGUCACAGUACCUUUCAUGUACCAAGUAA